AAAUCGGCGCGUAAAUAUCGGCUUUUAGUGCGUCGUGGAAUGUGCGAGGAGCAGCUACCGUGUUACGCAGCUCCGCAUGAUGCUCUCGAAGAAAAGUCCGGACUGCAUGGAAAAACCAGUGCUUUGGCUAAUUGAUUUGGGCCAGCUAGGCUUUAUCUUGAAUGAGGAUUAUCGGCAACUUGGAGCUGGCGACUCUCGGAGGAACUUCGUCGAGGACUGGCAUUUUUACGAGAGUGCACAGUGGCGACUAGACGAUUUGGCAACAUGGCAACCAAGCUUUUCCCGUUCUCUCGUGCACCGCAGUCCAGAACUGAGUGCUGAUCGCCCGGGAUAUCUAUCCAAUUGCAACAUCCUCUGGACCCCCCAAGGCCACCAACACCAGCAACUCAUCCAAGAUAAAUACGUUGGAUUGCCAAGGGAACACUUAUCAGUCCGGAAGACUAGUCGUAGGAACGACCGAGAUCGAAGUAAACGGCCGUGAAAGAGAAGGCCUUCUGUGUGUGUAUAAGCAGUGAGAGAGUGAGAGACGCGCUCCUGGGCCGAGCCAGAAUGAUGAGUCCAGGCGGCGCGACCAGGAUUUAAGUGUGCCGCUACUCUGUUUUCACGGAUUCACUUAGCGUAACAAGUUCUUGGUGUCAGCACGCAACUCGCAGAUACAAGUGUUUCCGUGUGUGGCGAGCUGCAGUAGCUGUCGUGUGUGUGAGAGCAGCUUCUGGUUCUGCUGGACGAGAGUCUAUCUCCUGCAGGCAAAAUAAUUGCUGCAAAUUGUUUCCAAAGUGUUGGACCACCUUCAGGAAAGAAUCUCUUUCACUUUGUGAUAUGAGAUCAACCCAGGUUUGCUGGAUUGUUGCUGAUAACUUGCUGUUGAGAUGAUACUCUGCAUAUAAAUAUCACAUGUAUUGUGUUUACAUCAAUUCACACUGAUUACCAAAACAGAAGGAUGUUUGUGCCAAGGAUAACCUGAUUUUGUCAAAACAAAGAUAAAAUCACAAUCCCUCUGCUCAUGGUACUUUAUCCGUCCAGCAGAUAUCCUCCUAACUCGAAAAUGGAGGAACCUGCCAAAAAAAAGCAGCGAAUUGAGAAUGGCGACGAUGAUGAUAAUGAAGAAAUAUCAGAGAUUGAGAGGCUGCAAAAUAGCCUGCUUGGUCAGUGUUUGUGCAAUGUAUCGGAAAGUAGUUUACGUAAGCCUUUCAUCAGCAGCGGUGCUCCCAAUGACAGGGAGUUCAGGUCAACAGUACUAUCAGAAUGGGAGCCAGACAAGUGUUUGGAAUUCCUAAGUGCCCUACAGCUGCUAUUUGAUGUGGCUAUAAAACAGAACACUCGUGGAACGAUGUGCAGUCGUAUCGCGGAUGUGUGCAAAGCGUUAGCGCGAAACGAGCAUGGUAUCGUUGACCAAAUAAUCGAUCUGUCGUGCACCAAUAACAAAUUUAUUUCAUUUGCUGCGAGCAAGGCGCUCGCCUCCUUCUUCAUCAUCACCAAGGAAAAUGUCGAAACAACCUGGUUGGACAGACUGACACAGUCGCUGCUAAAUACCCACUCGCCAACGCGAAUGCUGUUUACGUUGGAUGUGGUGAAGAGGGUAGUCGAACACAAAGACUGCAGCAUUCAUCCACUGGAAGACUCAGAAACGUCGCAUCCGCCAUCAGGCUGCAACGUCAUCUCUAUUUCCGAUCCAGAAAGUCUGGACAGCACGUCGGUAAAGGCAAUGUGCGUGAAAGCCCUCGAGUCCAAGUGGACGAUGUUGGUAUCCAAGUUCGACGCGAUCCUCGGCUCGUACACACCGCAGCACGAGUCUGCGGUAAUAACGUUUCUCGACCUUUGGGAGUCUAUCAUCAGCGUCAAGGCCAACUUGUCGGUGAUCGACACCAAGCUGUUCUACUCGCAGCUGGAUAACCUGGUCUCGUUACUUAACGCAAACGUACCCGGAGUCAUCUGGCGACACCUCCUCGGCCUGUUUAACGAGGUGCUUUGCUACGGAAGCACCCUGGCACUGCAGGACAUACUUCCAGAGGAACCCUGUCUAGUGGCCCACUCGAUCGUUCGAGCAGUCAAGGACGGUCGGCUGCUCGAUUCGUUACCCUACAGGCACGGCUCGGGAAGGUUCGGCGGUGGCGACGGUGACGGCGAUCAACCACUCCUGCAGAAAGUCGUGCUGCUAGUACUGAAGAGCGUGGCGGUCACGGUAAAGGAGACUCGCAGCGACUCCAGCGACUCCUCGUUGGGUUCCGAUGCGGAAGAUCUGGACGCGGACAUGGCAGUGAUCGAGCGCAGUAUCAAGGAGGUGCUUCGUCAGCUGGACCAGUGCGUUAAGACACUGAUGCCCUUUCACCCAGAAAUGCCGCUGUCUCAAUGGGUUGUGCAGAUGUUCCACGAUCAAGACGACUUCUUGAUUGAGGGUAUGGUAUGCUGUCUGGAUGUUGCCAACGGAUUAUUCUAUAGGGGACCACCGCAGAACGACCUCGGAAACAUGCUCAGUCCAGCCUUCACUUUCGUGCAGUUCAUCCGAGCUGUUUCCCACGACCACGACGUACUACUUGAUUUCCUUGUCAGUAACGAGACCUGCUUCCUGCUCUAUCUCUACAGGCUGCUCAAGUAUAUCAAGCGCUUUUGGCCUGAGUUUAUGUCAUGUUGUGAGCACGACAUCGAUGAUAUUAUGGCUGUACUGGCGAAUCUCAAACAGGCGAUCGAUAGAUUAGUCUCCAAGGAUCUAUUUCCGUACAAUAUCAAUCCGGUACUCCGACUGCUCGAAAAGUGUGAAUCACUUUACGAAGGGAACGUAGAUAAUUAAUGUUUAUCCGAUUCCCCUCUCCCGCAUCCGUAAGCGAGCGGGAAAUCGGCCGGUCUUGUUACUUCGAAAUUCGCUUACUUUUCAAUAACUGAUAGUAAUUUAUAAAUUUCCUUAUGGUAUCGCUCAUGGUUUCGAAGUAACGAAUGGUAUUCAGUUUUUCGCUCUUGAGUCAGGCAAAUGUACAUUUUAUAAUUAAUUGUAAUAUGCUCUCUUUAUUAAUAAAAAAGUUUAGGUCAAAUUAAGAAUGAAAUAAUAAUUUAUAUGAAUAUAUUCGUAAAGUUCGUUCAUUUAUAAUAAAUUAAAAAAUUAAAAAUACAAAAGUACAAUCAAUUAAAAUUGUUUGUAUCCUUUUGCUAAUGUGCAAAUAUACUUUCGUGUCAAUAGUCAUGUAAUUUUUUAGAUAUUUCAUUCUUGUAAAAUGAAAUUGCGUUGUCGAAACUCACUAGAGAUUCGAGUUAUUUAUUACUUUCAAGGGUUCUAUCGUGAAAUUUGGUGGAUCACAAGCUGAAUGAAAACUAUAGAAAUUCAUUGAGGUGCAAAUUGCUUGCAAAAAAUUUUAAAUAGUACAAAAAUCUUUUUAACAAAGCGCUCAAAACCAAUUAAAAUUGCAAAAAAGUCUAAUGGUGCUACCAAGUACAUAUAUGUGUGUGUAUAUGUAUGUAUAAGCAUAUACACACACAUAUGUGUGUAUAUGCUUAUACAUUUAUAUAUAUAUACCAAAGCACCACGAAAAUUAAAUUUCAUUAAUAUUUAUGUACAUGUAUCGAUUAACAUUCCACAAGCACAUCUAUUCAUAUUUUUAUGUUUCAUAGUUACUUAAUUAGAUGUUGCAGAAAUAGAACUCUUCUGAGUUUUUUAUGCAGGUCAUAUUAUCCCUGUACAUGAAAUAAUAAAUCUACAGUCCUAUUACAUGUAUCAUUUGUAAUUCUAAAGCGAUAUAAUUGAUAGAAAUAAAGCGUGACAAAUUUCCUGAUAGGGAUUAGGUAUAUAUAUUUUUUAUUAUAUUAUCCCACGAUUAACUUAAGGAUGUAAAGUCACCUCGCGUUCUUUUUAAUCAUGACAAGGUGAAGAUAUUCAAGUAAAUUAUUUCUUGACCUACAUUUAACUUUUGGAAUUUUUUGCUUAUAUUUAUGACAUUUUUUCAAUUGUUAGUUAGAAACAAUUCAUUGACUUUAAAGUUUCAAAUGAUAGAGCAUUAAGCCGUUAGUCCAUAUUCCAUAUAGCCCUAUGUACAUUCUAUUCUAUCAGUAGACCAAUUUUAGGCUGAUGGUGACUACUACUUUAAAUUAAUCAAUAUUAAAAGCGAAAUUAGAAUAACGUUAUACUAUUUUUUGAAAGAGAUUUUACUUUAAUAUUGCAAAUAUAUAGAUUUUUAUAUCAUACAUAACGAAAUUAAGGCAGUAGAAACAUUACACUGCUCACAGUACGCAUCUUUUGGAAUUGUAUAUUGUCAUCUAUUUAUAUAAUGUAAAUAUGCUUAGAAAAGAGAAAUUUAUAUUGACAUUUUU